CAAUGUUAGUGUUUCGGCCGUUUCUGCCGCUGGUGUCGGUCCUGCAUUGCAGACCACUGCAAGGACAUUGCUUUUCGAUGCGUCAUUAGUUCCAAACGUCACAGACAUAGAGGUUGCUUUGCACACAAUAAAAAUAAAAUGGAUGCCUGUCACGCCAUCAGCUGGUUCUGUGCCAAUCGGCUACCAAAUCACCUACUAUCCGAGAGUGAAGGAGAGCAAGGCAAGAUCACAGUUUACUGCGCUGUCAGCCAUUUCCAUAGCUAACCUAUCAGCUGGCACAAUGUACCUUAUGAACAUAUCAGCGGUUUAUCCAACAGGUCAGAGUCGCCCAGCAACUGUCAAUGGGACAACUGAUAGCGCACCUGCGGGAUCCGGAGGGUCAUUCAGCUAUGACAUCAUCAUAAUAUCGCUGUGUGGAUUGUUGGCUGUGUUCGUAAUUGCCCUGCUUGUGUGUUGCGCUUGGAGGAAACACAAGACAAAGCAGAACAAUUACAACUUGGAGCAAAGCAGAGACCUAGACAAUAACAGUGGCAACCAACCAAGUACAGACAGCGUUAGGUGUCUGGCAACUAGACCACUCCCACCUGAGCCCGAUCCAAGCUCAAUGGCCAACAUCAACUUCUCUGAUAAGGAUAGAGUGAGUGAAUUGAUGGCUCGACCAGUACCAUCAGUACCGCAAAUCAAUUCCACUGACACAGCCGCCUUAGUAGAUAACGUGGUCGUGGGGGAUGAUGCAGACGAGGGUUACGAGGAUAUCGACGGUCAUGUCUAUGAAUAUCUCUGAUUUCAAUGAGCACCCUAGUUUUCUUAGAACAGUGUGUGUUGUCGUUUGAUUCCAUAGCCACGCCUGCGUCUGUCCUGCACGUGGAAAAUACAUGGUCUCUCCCUCUUUUACACAUAGGACAGCACAAAAA